UGCAAAUACAGAACCUUUUUUUGUAGUCGUUUUUGUGCUGUUAACAGGAGGCCCGUGUGAGAUGAAGGUUCUAUAAAGGCAAGCUGCAAACCCAGGAGGAGGAGAGGGAUUUCUUGCAGCUGCAACAGAUGAUCUUAUGGCGAGGGCUGCAGAGUGGUGAGCUGAGAUGGAGGAAGCGUACAUGCAACUUUAUCAGGAGUUUGUCAACCUCAGAUCACUUUGUCUAAGGCAGGCUGCUCUGUUGCACCAUCUCAUGGCAGCCUUGCAGAAAGAGAAAGGUGCUCCACAUGGUGACCUUUCUGUCCAGUGUAUCCAAAAAUUCCCAGUGCCUUUGCAGGGACCUCCAAUAACAGAACUCCACCCUGCAGCACAGUGUGACGUGAACAUGUCACACCUUCUGAGUGAAGAUAUGUCCAAGCUCUGCUUGAAGGUGCCUGAUGGGAAAGCAGAACAAAAUACCUCUUCAAAUCAGUCUUCAUGUCAUUCUAGUGCAGUCAACAGCCACCAGGAUUCAAUGACGACGUCUCUGCCAGACCGACAGUUCCUCGAUUAUGAUCUCCCAAGUCUGUCGGGCAGAUUGCUGAUGUCCGACGUGGCGCUACAGUCUAACGUGUGUGACUUCUGUCAGGCUGUUUUUCCCGGACACACGACCACCAGAGGAGAGUUCCUGCAGCAUCUCCACAACCAUGUUACCUAGUUACCUCCUAACUCAUACACCAUAGACGUGUUGGAGGGUUCUGGCAUGAGCCAAGGAAGAAGCCAAACGUUUACAUUUAUAAUUUAUUAUUUUGACAGUGGAAGAUAGUGGAAGUUUUGUAUUUUUUCCAAUCCCGUCUUAUUUUACUCCAAUUUUAUAUGAGAUGUGCCAUAACUUACCUGUAACUGCUAUAAGAUGAGACUAAAUAAAAGCAAAGUAAAAG